UAGACCGACAGAAAUAGAGAGCAUCUUGCGAGAAAACCUAUACAAAGUUGAACGGCCAAAGAUUGAAGGGUUCGAUAAUAGGGAGAGAGGUCCGCCGGGAGAUACAUCGACCUCCCUCCUUGGGAGUAGAAACACGAAAACCCAGUGGAGAAAAGGUAUUUGACAUCACUGACAUCACACUCACUCAUAUUGCAUCAGAUUAGAAUCUCAGUUCGACAGAGAUGGACAAUUUUCGUACAAGAAAAAGAGAUUCAAUGAAUUCUCUCUCUGUUUUCACUCACUCUGAGUAGAUUAUGGAAAUGGAAAAUUUAAUUAAGCAUGUCGGAAAGCAAUCACUUACUCAGGAGUUUUUCCAAGACCUUGCAACAAGUUUCAGUUGCGCUCCAAUCCGUGCUGGAAAACCUGAUGUAACAUGGGAACAGGUGCAAAGUUGGUUCCAGGACAAACAAAAAGAGCUGCAACCCAAAAGCACUUCCUCGCCUAAUGCUGUCGAGUUAUUGGUUGAUUUUUCAGAUUCAAAUGUCUCAAGAAAUGCACCUCAAGUUUCUCAGAAGCCAAAAGGUAAAUGGGUCACAGAACUUUCAGAGUUGGCAUUUGAAGCAAAAUCAUCAAAAGAUGAUGCAUGGUACGAUGUUGCUACUUUCCUCUCAUACAAAGUAGUCAGUUCAGGAGACCUUGAAGUUAAAGUGCGGUUUUCCGGAUUUGGUAGGGAGGAAGAUGAGUGGGUGAAUGUGAGAGGUGCAGUACGUGAGCGAUCUAUUCCUUUGGAAGCUUCUGAGUGUUCGAAGGUGAAGGUUGGGGACCUAGUGCUGUGCUUCCAGGAAAGAGAACAUCAAGCUGUAUACUGUGAUGCCGAAGUUGUGGCCAUCCACAGGGGGCUACAUGACAUGAACGGUGCUUGCAAGUGUACCUUUGUUGUUCGCUUUGACCAUGAUAGCUCCGAGGAACAUGUUGAUCUGGGGAGGUUAUGUAUCAGGCCUGCACAAAGCACUUCAGGCUAUACUAAAACCCAACCGGAGCUCUUUACAAACAGGGACAUGAAAUUCUCUUUUCUUUAUUGAAAUAUGGCGCUGGAUGGCCGGAGGCGGCGAUGUUUGUAAAUUUCUUUAAAACUUUAACUUGAGAUGUGUUCCGCAACUGUAUUAUUUGCAGCAAAUUACAUUAACAUCUUGUUACCAACAA